CAUGAAUUCAGGCACGUGACUUCUCCGCGCUCGACCCUGUCGUCAUCGCACACUGUCCCAGCUAGACUGAUAUACUCGCUGCACAAUGUCAGCAGUAGUGGGCUCAAUCGCAGAUCUCGUGCACAGCGUGUUCAGCCUUGUAGCGAACAUCUUCAAGACGCUCAUCUCACUCGUCGAGGAUGCUGUCGGCGCAGUACUCAGUCUCAUCAAUAGCCUCAUAGCAGCAGCAGGCGGUCUCGUCGGUUUCAUCAUGUCCAACAUUGUCGUGAUUGCGCUAUGCUUUGUCCUGUUUGCGCUCUAUCAGUCCCGUGUCAACAAGAAGCCCGUCUCAAACAAGAUCAAGUAAGCUGUGGGAAGCCAUCAGUGUCCGUCUCAAUGUUGUCACUCGUUUUGCUCACGUCUAUCUAUGCAUGCUCUGCGCCUGCAUUCUCCGCUAUUCGCCCAGAAAGCAGAGCCAGAGACCAUGUGGCGUCUCGAGACCGUGGCGUCGCCGCAUGAGGGCCGAG